UGCAAAAAAAAAAAAAAAUGAAAUCCCCGUCUUUGUUUUUUGUUUGUGUUGUGAAAGGUUUAAGGCAUAGCUCCUGAAGAAUAGCUUUGACCAAAUUACUCAUGACAUUGAAGUUUCAGCUCAUCUCAAGCUCGCCUUUUGAAAGAAAAGCGCGUUGAUCAGCUGAACUCGGAAGCACAUUUUUUCUGGUCAUGGAGAAAGCAUGGAAGGUGGAGUUUCAGAACAUGGGCAGGAGCUACUUCCCACAGAGCCGAGUGGAAUGCCACUACAGCAUCAGCUCUCAGCACAGCUGGACUAGCAGCGACUGGAUCGGCCUGUUUAAGGUUGGCUGGUCAUCUGUGGGGAACUACCAUACAUUUGUAUGGGCUCUGGCUCCAACCAACUACAAGGAAGGGACUGAUGUUAACUGCUGUGUUCACUUUCAAGCUUGUUAUUUGCCAGGCCCCAGUGCUGAGCAGUACCAGUUUGUAUAUGUUGAUGGGAAGGGCGAAGUGUGCUCCUGCAGCUCUGCUUUCACUUUCUCUGCUCCAAAGCCACUGGAGGAGCUGGUGACUCUGGAGCAAGCCCUGGAAGGAGGUGAAGGCAGCGAGGACAUGCUAGUUGUCAUUCCCAAAGCCGAGCUUCUUCAGAGCCGGCUGCAGGAGUGUCUGAAAGAGAGGGCUGAGUUACUAAAGGUUCUAGAAGCAGCAGAAAGGAGGUGUGAACAUGAGCGAGAGUGCUCACAAAGGACCAGAGAGGUGUGGGAGCAGAGGAGCAAGGAGCUGGAGGAGGAGCUGAGGCACACCAGGGAACAAAUGGAGGACAUGAAGACAAAGCAGGAGGAGACGGUAGCUCUUGGUGAGCUUCUGCAGGAGGAGAAGCAGGCCCUGCUAGUUAAAGAAGCUUCCAGUGAGCAGAGGAUCAGCCAGCUGGAGGACAACAUCAGGGUGCUCACCCAAAAAGCCCUGGAGAGAGAGACAGAUCUCGAGAGGAUGAAGGAGCGAGCCAAAAAAGCUGCAGGCCAGAAGAAAGAAGUGGAAAGUGAACACAAGAAUAUUAAGCUGAAGCUGGAGCAGACUGAGAAAGAGCUGCAUAGCCUCUCGACAGAGUUCCAGAGUUUGAGAAGCUCUCUGGCCCAGAGAGACACACACGCCUUGCAACUCCGAGACACCAUCACCACGCUCACGCACAAGCUCAACAACGCACACAGGAAGGAGGCAGCCAGUGAAGCGGCUUUAGCAGAGUUGCGCGCUGUUCAGGAGCGACUGAGUGCCAGCGAACGCUGCGUCGAGACCCUGCGGACUGAUCUCAGAGACAUGGCGGCUCAGAGGGACAACGCCCAGGCCGACCUUCACCAGGCUAGACUACAGGCCGCACAGCUCACUCUGCAGCUGGCAGAUGCCAACCUGGCACUACGGGAAGCUCGUGCCAGCUGGGUGCAGGAGAGAGAGAGUCUGCAGUGUAGCACUGAGAUGAUUAGGACGCAUUUGGACAGGCUGAAUGAUGAGCUCAAGCAGAAGGAAGAGCAGCUGCAGGAGGAGAGGAUGGAAAGAAACAAAGCAGAGGUGGAGCUUGGGCGAGAGAGAGACUGCAACCGGGUGCAGCUGAGUGAAAUGCGAAGGGAGCUGCAGGAGCUGAAAGCCAGUGUCAGGGUGGCUCAGAAGGAAAAGGAGCAACUGCAGGCGGAGAAAAAGGAGGUGAGUGAGUACAUUCACCAGCUGGAGCAGAGGCUGGAGACCCUGAGUGGCUCUAAAUGGAGCAUGACCGCGUUGUUGCAGAGCAGUCAAGCAGACAGCUCCCUCUCCGAAUCAGAGGAUGAGAAUCCAGAAGCAUUAAGGCCUCUGAGUCACUACACCCUGUGUGAACAGCCCCAGGCUGACCUCCUCCUCAUUCUUCCCACUACUCCUCCUCCGUCCCCACGACUCCUCCACUCGUCUCAGGCUGUGGUGAUCAGUCAGCCCGCUCCACUCUGCUCCCCACACCAGCCUAGUGAUGACACACACCCACACAUGCACAGCUCUGAGUCGGAAGAGGAGUAUGAAGUGUUUCAAUCAGGUGGGAAUAGCUCUGGAGAAGAGAUGGCACUACUCCUGCCUAACCACAGAAACACUCUUCUUAGUGAUGUUGAAGAGAGCCCCCUGUGGUGAGGAGUGGAACUACAAGAUCAUCCUGUUACAGGUCUUUGCACAGUAACCUGUACUGACAUAUGCAAUUUGCUUUCCAUUUUCAAUGCACUUUCUGUAUGCACAAGCUACUACACUAAUCAGUCUUUCACACAUUUACGUGUUCAAAUACUUAACACUAGGGAUGUGUCAAUAUAGAUGGACCUUCCGUUACCUUUAUCUCAUUUAUUCAUAGAUUUGAAAAGCUCCAAAACCAGCAUCCAGUACCAUAUAAUGUGACGUAAGCCUGGUAUACAUUGCCACUUUAAAAAAUCCGAUGACAUGAAAUGAGAACAAUAUGGACUUAUGUGUAUUAAUGAUCAAAGGUCAAAGCAGACUGCAAACUGUGUUUGGUGAAAAUAUCAAGAGGAGGAACACCUUUAUAGUGUUUAGACAGUACAGUAUCUUUUAAUGAAUUGAAAGUGCAAGGAUGGCCAACCUGAGUGUGCAGAGUUAAAAAUGCGCACGCGUUCCAGUGAACUGAAGGUUGCGCAUACAAAGAAUUAGUGAGCAUGAAGCAGUGACCUGAGAAACUGGCCUGUGUGAACACUUCAGUACUGCGAUCGUUGUGUUGUGCGCUUUUACUUGCUACACUUUUCUCGCAAGUCAAGUGUGCUCAUUUUUAAUAACAGCACUCCCUGAUAAUGCUCUGCACUCCCAUUUCAGCCAUCCUCAUGCUAGCAACUGUUUAAACACCAUAAUAUCUAAAACUCUGAACAAAGAGUUCGUUGCUAGCAGCAACCGACAUAAACAAAGCUAAAUGAAAUCUUCCAUAACGCCCCGGAAUGAUGAGUGGAUUACUGACUUCCAUAUCAGUAUCAACAGAUAGCAAAAAACAUGCACUUUUACUCAGUCUGAAAAAAAAAUAUAAAAGAUAUUGAUGCAUCCUUAGUUAACACAUAUCAAAAGUAUGUUUUAAGAAGUUAUUUAAGACAAAAUGGUGUGUUAGAAAGGAUGUCUUUUUUUUUUUUUUGGUGUGUGUGUGUGUGUGUGUGUGUGUGUAGGUGUAUAAGGCUAGUUUUGAAUUUUACUAAAACAAAAGUAUAUAAGUUUUUAUCUUUAUCAGAGUUACAGCUUCAAUAUUGCAAUAACGUAUUAUGUAAAAUACAUUUGAAUCCAUGUUUGAGAGGAUAGGAUUUUUGUCCUUGACAUUAAGGCUAUUAUUAUUAUUAUUAUUAUUACAAUUUGUUUUUUUUUUGAGCAUUGGUAAAUACGUCAACUGCAGCCUGUUGAGGAUAUCAUGAAGUGUGUGCGUCAGAAGGGAAAUGACAUGAAUGUGUAAUAAAGAGACUGAAUUGAUGGCAAUCGGGGUUAAACAGGAAAUAAUCAUAGGAGUGUUUGCACAGACAUGAGCAGUCCUGAUUGCAAUAAUCCUACCAGUCAUAAUUAUAUUUAGCUUAUUUUAUUUUAAUUAAUGCAAAUAUUUUGAGCUCUGUCUCUGCAACAAAGUAUGAUAUCAACGUUUUCUACUAUUUAUGCUGUACUCAUUUAACUAGGUGAUGUUUUACUGUAUUUCCUUUAAGGCAUGGGUUCUCAGAAUGUUUCAACCAAGGAUUUGUUUUAUGAUCAUGUUCCAAUUAUUCAAAUAUUAGGCUCAUUUUUUUUUUAAAUUAUGUGCAAUAAUAAUAUUGCUGUUUAUUGGCGCCACAGAGCGUUUGUUUGUUUGCUGCUUUUUUCCCCCCCCGGUCUUCCUACCAACAGAACACAUUAAGUCCAUGGAUACAUUUAUUUAUAGGCCUAUUUGUUUGUUAGUUGUUAUUCUGAAGUUUGUAUUAAACCAGUGUAAAUCAAGUGACCAGUCAGUAGGCUAGUAACUAUAACAGUCAUUUAAUAUACCAGUUUUGAUAGUGAUUGUGUUUUCCAUUACUGUAACAGAAAACAAAACAUGGACGUCUUUGCUAGAAACCCCAAUUUGAGAGCCACUACUUUAAGGUUUGACUAAUUUUAUUCUGUAACUUUUUAUACAAGAUUAUAAUGUUUAUAAUAUGAUGUUUCAUAAUCCAUGUUCUCUUUGAUUCGUACAGUAGUUAUUAUACAUAUGUACUGUAAGAUACUUGGUUUAAUCCCUGCUGUUUUUCCUGUUACAUUUAUUGUCACUACAUAAAUUUAACCAAGACAUCACUGAACUUCUUGGAUUAAAUGGCACAACCUUUUAAGUGUACUAGAUACUUUUCACCCCUUGGUGGUUUGUAGCUUUUACUGUUGUAAACUAAUUAGCAUCCAUCUGCUGUGCCAUGCUGGUUUGUAUUUAGAGCACCACAAGGUCCUCGCUGUUUUCACUGUGCCCUGUAAAACUCCUGAGCUUUAAUUCUAUAUAGACUUUGGAUCCAGAUCCUCUCAGAAGAACUCUUUCCAGUCCAUCUGUAUUCAUAGCAAUAAGGCCUCUAUUUUCUUUGUUUUUUCAUUAUUAUUAUUAUUAUUAUUAUUUUAAAUAUACAUAUAGCCAAUAUGUUUUUUUUUUGUUUGUUUGUUUUUUUCCCAGACUGUGUUAUAC